GUGAUGCCUCGAAGGGCUAAGUUGAUCCCAAAUGCAGUUGCAGCUAAGGCCGAUACUACUACCACCGCUAGCUCAGCUGACUCGAAACCAGGCCAUGAGCUGCUGCUUUUUGAAGCGUUAAGAGAGGGUCUAGAAGAAGAGAUGGAACGUGAUCCCCGAGUUUGUGUCAUUGGUGAAGAUGUUGGUCACUAUGGUGGUUCAUACAAGGUAACAAAAGGUUUAGCCACCAAGUUUGGCGACCUGAGGGUUCUUGAUACCCCCAUUGCUGAAAAUUCCUUCACAGGCAUGGGCAUUGGAGCUUCAAUGACUGGCCUAAGGCCUGUUAUUGAGGGUAUGAACAUGGGUUUUCUGUUGCUCGCCUUUAAUCAAAUAUCUAAUAACUGUGGCAUGCUCCAUUAUACUUCUGGAGGCCAGUUCACCAUCCCAGUGGUGAUCCGUGGACCCGGCGGUGUUGGCCGUCAACUAGGUGCAGAACACUCUCAGCGCCUGGAGUCUUACUUUCAGUCCAUUCCUGGCCUUCAGAUGGUUGCCUGCUCUACCCCAUGCAAUGCCAAGGGCCUCAUGAAAGCUGCUAUCCGCAGCGACAACCCUGUGGUUCUAUUUGAGCAUGUUCUGCUAUAUAAUCUCAAGGAGAGGAUCCCUGAUGAGGAUUAUGUGCUGUGUUUAGAAGAAGCAGAAAUGGUUCGGCCAGGGGAGCAUGUUACCAUUCUCACUUACUCUCGCAUGAGAUACCAUGUAAUGCAGGCUGCAAAGGCACUGAUAAACAAGGGAUAUGACCCCGAGGUCAUUGAUAUCAGGUCAUUGAAGCCAUUUGAUCUCUGCACCAUUGGAAACUCGAUCAAGAAGACCCACCGAGUGCUUAUUGUGGAAGAAUGCAUGCGCACCGGAGGUAUAGGUGCGAGUUUGAGGGCGGCCAUCAUUGACAAUUUUUGGGAUUACCUGGAUGCACCUAUAAUGUGCUUGUCGUCCCAGGAUGUCCCGACUCCAUACGCAGGGACACUGGAAGAGUGGACUGUUGUGCAGCCGGCACAAAUUGUAGCAGCUGUGGAGCAGCUCUGCAAGUGA